AUGGUGGACGAGGUUCUGGACGUCAAGGCCUUCGUGGACAUCGUUGCAAAAGUCCACCGAGCCAGCAUGGGAAAAUCCCCGAACGGGAAAUUCGGCUUCGCACAGGAUUCAUGGGAGAAGUGGUACACACAGGCCAUGCAAGCCAUGUAUGAAUUUGAGAAGCAAACCCAAGGUGAAGACGAAGAACUGGACAACCUUUUCGAUGCCCUCUGUAAGGAAGUCAUACCAAGGCUUCUUCGACCUUUGGAAACAGGUGGGCGCUCUAUUAAGCCUUGCCUUGUCCACUCCGAUCUCUGGCCUGGCAACUGCAUACCCUAUCUCAAACAAUACCAAAAGGUCAUGGGUAUGUCUGAGCCACAUGGAGAUUGGGACGACCGCAACGCGCUGUAUGCCUUCCUACCCUCCGCCGCGGAUUUUGCAAGAGAAGUUGCAAAAUUGCACAAGGAGAGCAGCUCGCCAAACAACAUGUUUGGUUUCCACAUCAAUACCUAUAACGGGACCCUUGAGCAAGACAACACUUGGACAACAUCGUGGGAAGAAGGAACAAGUGAAGAGCUCAAGGAGCUGUCGGGGGCGUUGCUGGAAAAGGUGAUUCCCAGGCUGUUGCGUCCAUUGGAAACACAAGGCAGAACAGUCAGGCCUAGCCUUCUUCACGGAGACCUUUGGAUCGGCAACGUCGCCACCGACAAGGCAACCACGCAGCCCAUUAUCUUCGACUCAUCAGCCUACUAUGGACACAAUGAGUAUGAGCUGAGCCCACUGCGGCCAAUAAACAGCCAAUGGAGCCGCGACUGCCUGGAGGAAUACCACAAAAACAUCCCGAAAGAUGCACCUGUGGAAGACUGGGGGUCUCGUAAUGCGCUGUACGCCCUGUGCGACACACCAUGCUUGCUGCCGGUCAAUUACGACUGA